GCUUGCUGAGCAGUAUAAAGAGCAGAGCUGGAUAACGAUGUCAGAUCUGGAGAGAGAAUUGCAAGAGAUGGAGGCACAAUAUGAAAAGGAAUUUGGAGAUGGAUCAGAUGAUGAAGAUGAAUUAGAAGAACAGGUUACAAAAGGCAUUGAAGACAAACUGAAUGAUGAGACUGAAGAAGCUGAAUUUGUUGAUGGUCUGUACUGCCCUGCUUGUGACAAAUUGUUAAAAACUGAGAAAGCCAUGAAAAAUCAUGAAAAAUCAAAGAAGCAUCGAGAGAUGGUAGCACUGUUACGACAGCAACUGGAAGAAGAAGAAGGGAAAUUUCCUGUGUCUCUGGAUGACACCAAUGGAACACAUACCAAAGAGGAGGAAGAAACAGAAGACAUGCCCAAACAGAAACUCUCAAAGAAGCAGAGGAAGAAACAGAAAACAAUGAUGACUUAUGAGAACUCUCUUGAUAACAGUGCUGAUGAAGAAACAGUUAAACAAAAGGAGGUGCCCUGCAUGGACAAGGAUGGUGGCUCAGCAGAGGAGUUGGGAAAUGAUGGCCAAAGAUGUGCUGCGUCAGAUGACGCAAGCACUACAGAAGACCUUGGCGAAGUGAUUGAAGCAAAAAGCAGUACUAAGCCCAAAGGGAAAAAAGCCAAGGAUGCAAAAAAGUCUGCUAAGGCAUCUUCAGACCACCCAACAACG